GCCGCGAGCGACUCGGCGCACUGCAACGCGCGCUGCUCAGCCCGACACGCAGACGAGAGCGACAGAGAGCAUGCUGCACAGCGCGCUGCCCGCGCGGGCCUACCUGGGCGCCUACCUCGGCGCCGGCUACUUCGAGGAGCCGCAGCCCUACGUGUACGCGGCCCAGCAGCAGCAGCAGCAGCAGCACGAGAGCUACGUGGCCGCGCAGCGCGCGGUCUUCCACGCCUGGACCAGCCACGCGGCCGCGCCGCCGCGGCCCGCCAGCCCCUGCCCGCUGGACCUGUCGCUGAAACCGCCGCCGCCGCCGCCGCCGGCCGCCAGCCCCAUCGAGGUCGACGACGAGGAGGACCGGCGCGGCCGCGAGCGCGCGCGCAGCCAGCACUCGGCCGAGGGCGCCGGCUACUACGCGCCGCAGCCGCUGCAGCCGCUCGCCGUGUGCCCGUCGCGGCCGCGGCCGCUCGAGGAGCUGGUGGUCGACGACCUGGACAGCCGCUCGUCGUCGCGCCUCAGCGGCUGCCCGGCGCUGCUCAGCCCCGACUGCCCGUCGACGCCGCACCACGCGCCCAUGACGCCGCCGAGCACGCCCUCGCCGCCGCAGUGCCCGGGCCGGCGCGCAAGGGCGCCCGCCUCGCCGGCCCUGACGCCCGCGCGCGACCGCCCGGGCGCCGCGGCCGCGCGCCCCAAGCGCAAGCCCGCGCGCCGGCUCAAGUUCGACGAGGACACCAGCAGCCCCGUCUCGGGCACCGUCAUCCUCGGGCCCGACGAGGCCGUGGUCACCGGCGACAUCGACCCCGCCUUCAACAUCGUGGAGGUGACCGAGGAGGCGCGCGCCGAGCUCGCCAAGAUCGAGAACCGGCUGGGGCCCUACCAGUGCAAGCUCUGCCGCCAGCUGCACGAGGACGCCUUCCAGCUGGCGCAGCACCGCUGCUCGCGCAUCGCGCACGUGGAGUACCGCUGCCCCGAGUGCGACAAGCGCUUCUCCUGCCCGGCCAACCUGGCCAGCCACCGGCGCUGGCACAAGCCGCGGCCCGAGCCGGCCGCGGCCGCCUCGCCGGCGGCGCCCGCGCCGGACGGCCUGGCGUGCGCGCGCUGCGACGCCAAGUUCGCCAGGCCGGCCGCGCUCAGGAAGCACCUGGCGCAGCAGCACCCGCCCGAGCAGAACAACAACGAGGACGAGCGGCCGGGCAAGGGCGCGGCCCUGGCCGCCGAGCUGGCCUGACAGGCCCAGCUGCCCGCGCGCCCGAUGCCCCUGCGUCACCACCACCACCACCACCACCACCACCACCAGCUCUACUGGAGAUUCGGCCUCGAUCUCAUGUAAGCGCCACUGCGAUUCUCUAGCGAUUCUCUGGCCGCUCCGGGCCUCGGCUACCUGCCUCCCUCCCUUGCUUACACUUUAUUUUUAUUGUCGCACUCCUGCUCUCCGGAGCGCCUACCGAAACAACUAACUCCCCGUCUAGUCGGUUAAGCUGUGCACAGAUAUUCGUGUGACUUUCUCUUUCGUUUAGCUUUUAGGGAAGGGCCUUCAUUGCAAUAACUUUAGUAUCUUGCAUUUCGGACUGAAUAGCUUAUUUAUAUGCAACAAAAAUGCCGGGUGAUACGAUUUCUUUUUCCUAUGCGUUAACUGUAUUCGAUUUUACGUCCAGUUGCUAUUUUUAUCGCGCUAAAGAAGUGCCGUUGCGACGUGGGCUUUCUGUCGCGAUGCAAAUUUCAAAAUGAGUGCAGUUUGCAGAAAGAAAAUUUAGUCCACGACAAAUUUUGGAAACCAAAGAAGAAAACAUGAAAAUGGAAUGAAGUUUGAAUCGAUUGAAAAUUUAAUCAAGAUGAAAAGUAAACUGCGCGCACUUUGAGAAACCGAUCGAAAUCUUUAAGUUCUGAUAAAAAUCGAUUGUGUAAUCUAGUCAUUGCAAUUUCUCGUUGAAUAUAUCAGCUUUGAAUGCCAAAAAUAUAAUGUAAAUUAGAUACUCUAGGAUAAGAUAUAAAGAUUAAUAAAGCGUUGAACCAAAUAUAUUCUCGCGGCUGUAUUACGGAAAAUAUUAUAAUACAUAAACUAAAAUUCAGACGUUGCUGAUACGAAAGAAAAAAAAUCUAGUCUUUUUGAUGCGGUCGUCAUUCCAAUAACGUUCUCUGGAAGCAAACCAAAAACUAUAGUGUUUAGUCUCGGAAUCUAGUCAAAUGAAGUGGAAAUGGAUGCUCUACACGAGCAAACUGAUUGGAAAAGGAGCCUUAUCCGAACCUUCAAUCAGUUUACUCGUACUUGGAAAAGGAUCUUUCAAUUUUCAUUUCACAAGAAAAAAUUAUGCCUCGAGAUCCACAAAGCGAAAAUCUAGUCGUCGAACCUUUCUUUGAAUAUUCUAGUCAAUCGAAUAUGUUUACAUCAUAGACAAGGAUACGAUCUCAUUAACGUGUAAAUAGAGCAAUGUUUCUUUUGUAAACAGCGUAAUGCCUAGCGAGCUUAUUAUUCUGUAAAAAAUGUAUAUUGCGAUAGCGAAGCGGUCGUCGAAAACUUGGUUGAUAAGUGUCAACAAUUUUAUGUAAAAAUUCU